AUGGCUUGCACGGAAAGAGUUAUCGUUGGAUCGCCUUGCUCAAAUAUUUUAUUUGGUCAACGGCUUUAUGUGAACGAGGUAAAGCGUGGGUAUUGUUGUACCGAUGGUUAUCAUCUAGGACAAGAUUAUAAUGGUUCGAAAACUGAUCCAUCGCUUUUAUGUCUUGUUGCAUUAUUUUCAUGUGAUGAAGCUGUCGAUCGAAUGAAAAAUAUGUUGCUUAAGCAACGAACGUCUGUGCCUGAAGCUAAUGAUACGAAUUUUCUUUCAGAAGAACAAGGUUCUUUGUCAAUCUCUGGUGAUAAUGAUGACGAUCAACAGAUUUCUGUCUCUUCUCCAUCACAUGUUGUUAUUGGCAAUUUUUAA